GAGGACGCUGGAGACCAAAAUGAAACUAGUAACCUUCCUCAGCUGGCUCACAGCCUUCUACAGUUUCAGCGGCUGCUGGGCUGCUGAGCUUUCUUUCUUGGUAGAACCCACGGACGUGAUUGCGGUGAGGGAUCGGCCGCUCAUGCUGGACUGUCAGGUGCAGGGUGAGGAACCCAUCACAAUUACAUGGCGCAAGAACGGAGUGCCCGUACCCAGUACCCCACGGGUCCGAGUUCUAGAGAAUGGCACGCUGCUAAUAAAGAGCUUCCAGAAACGCAGAGAGGGCGUCGAUGCAGACAUGGGCGAGUACGACUGCGCUGCACAGAACCGUUACGGCCUGCUCGUCAGCCGCAAGGCCAAAGUCCACCUCGCAUCUCUUCCUAAGUUCCACACACACCCAGCAUCAAUGUCUGUGGACGAGGGAGGAGUCGCUCGAUUCCAGUGUCAGAUCGAUGGAGUACCUGAAGCCAGAAUCACAUGGGAAAAAGGCCGAGUGCUGCUCAACACCACCGACAGCAGGUACACUCUCCUACCAAUGGGCAUCCUCCAGGUGACAGGUGUGAGAAAGGCGGAUGCAGGGGUUUUCCGCUGUGUUGCCACCAACAUCGCCAACACUCGCUACAGCCACGAAGCCACGCUCAACGUCACCGGUGGGACUCCAAGAACCUACAAGGAGCCCGUGAUCCUGUCAGGACCUCAGAAUCUGACCAUCACAGUCCAUCAGACCGCCAUCUUGGAGUGUAUUGCCACAGGAAACCCAAGGCCCAUUGUUUCCUGGAGCAGGCUAGACGGGCGCUCCAUUGGCGUGGAGGGCAUCCAGGUUCUUGGGACAGGGAACCUGAUGAUCUCAGACGUAUCCCUGCAGCACUCUGGUGUGUAUGUGUGCGCUGCCAACCGGCCCGGCACCAGGAUGAGGCGCACUGCACUCGGACGCCUCGUGGUACAAGCUCCUCCUGAGUUCCUGCAGUGGCCACAGUCUGUGUCCAAACCAGCAGGGGGCAGUGCUGUGUUCACCUGUGUGGCCCAGGGUGUCCCUGAGCCUCAUCUCAUUUGGCUGAAGAAUGGCAAGGUCCUGAUGCCUGGACACAACAUCAAGCUUACCAAUAACAACAGCACUCUGGCUUUGACCCGUAUCAGCUCGGAAGACGAGGCUAUCUACCAGUGCAUUGCCGAGAAUAGUGCCGGUACCAACCAGGCCAGUGCCCGCCUGGCCGUGGCGCAGGGUAAAGAUCUGCCCGAAGCCCCACGCGGCUUCACAGGCAAAGCCCUAUCCACGCACGCCCUGCAGAUCAGCUGGGACCAGCCGCCCACCAACGUCACUGAGAGCAUCAUUGGCUACGUGCUGCACAUCCGCAAGAUAGGAGAGGCUGACAGUCUGGAGCUGCAGGAAGCCAUCAGUAAAGGCAACUUUCAGCACGAUGUUACCAACCUGGAGCCAGCCACCACCUACUCUCUUUACCUGAAGGCCUACUCUCCCAUGGGAGCCAGUCAGCAGUCCCAUACAGUGACUGUGACUACACUAGGGGGCGUGCCUGCUCCACCUACCUACUUCACCAAGGUGUUAAAUUCCAGCGCCGUACAGGUCCUCUGGGAACUUCCCACUAAGGCCGGUGUGGUCGAGGGCUUCAGGCUGUCGUACCGCAGGGUCCCCCACGCUGACUACCAGAGCCCAAUUCAGCUGCCCUGCUACGUUAAUGCCCACACCAUGUCGAACCUGGAACCGGGUGCAGUGUAUGAAAUCAAACUGGUUGCCUAUAAUGGGAACGGAGAGAGCGACUGCUCCAAGAGGCUGGUGUCACUCGCAGAGGAGGGCGCGACAGACCAAAGCACCGGAGGAGACCGUCUGUGUCAGUGCAGGGACGGAGAGGCCUCGCUGGGCAGCAUUGUCAUCGGCAUCCAUAUCGGCACCGCCUGCAUCAUCUUCUGUGUUCUCUUCCUCAUGUUUGGAUACCGUCGCAAUCUGUUUUGCAGUAAAGGGACUCAGGACAGCUGGUCUCCAUCGAGGAUCCAACCAGUGCACACUGGCAUCCCUAAAGAUGGAGAGGCUCUCCCCAGAGGAGAAUCUCAGGUGGUCUGUCCGGCACAAUGCCAGGUUAUCAUUGAUCAACAUUCGUCAGGUUUGCACGCCAUGGGCACUGGCUAACACUGGUCAGUGAUGUCAUAACAGCCACACCCCUGCCCUGUCCUCCAGCAGUCAGCCAUUCACUAGGAACCUCCCACCAAAGAGCACCACCUUUGGUUUGUUAGGCUCAGUCAUACCAUUAGUCUCCCCAGACCUGCUGCUAAUAACCUGAGAGUAGAUUUGUAGAUAUGGACCAGGAGACACUAUAGCCCUCCCUCGCCUUCCUGCCCCACCUCAAACCAAAGCUUAUUGCCUUUAUUGCCUGUGCACGUGCCCGUGCAUGUGAAGAAAGCCUUUGAAAACCGUUGUCACCACAGAUCGUGUCCUGUCUCACACCACAAACAUUUAUGUCACUUUUUCAGUGGAAGGCAUAAACCAAAAUAUUCUACCUCUCAGACCGCCACUGAUAAACUGACAUGUGAUGAUGUGGACUUUAAACCUCAUAUGAAGCCAAAAACUCAAACUGAUGGAGACGGUCAAUCUGUUGUGACAAACUCUUGACUUUGCCUUUUAUUCCUCUACAGUAAGGAAAAGAAGAAACAUAGCGGCCUUUGUGAACACCUUCCAGAGGUGACAGUCAACACACACCCACAGAUACGAACAAUAGAAUCACCUACUUGCAUGAGCUAGGGGAUGCUCUGUAGGUAUUCAUUCCAUUCAUUUACGAGCCAUUAGGAAGAGUCGUGUAACCAUCUUUACUCAGCUCCUCCCACCCAAAGCUGCUCAUUUCCAAAGAAAGCUACCUCACUCUGAUGGGAACAUUUGUCUUUAGUUAGCCCGACCCUGCUAAUGCUAGCCUACCUCAUCCAAAAAUAAAGCCUUCUGGUCAGUGAGCAUCUCCCUGACCGGUGUCAGCAACAGACCUAACUGUGCAGCAGCAUGUGGAGCUCUGCAGCAUCAGUCUCAGCCUGAGGUCAGCCUCCAUCAAGCCUCAACUUCUUUUUUGGUGGAAUUUCUCCAUUUUUGUGACGUCGGAAGAUGCUCAUGCUUUUCCUCCAAAGACAUAUUUGGAACUAAGUCGUGGACAACAUGGUGAAGCAACCCAGGCGUCCUCUUUCUCCUCUCCACUGAGCAAAACAGGAAGCUUGUCUUUGUUAAUCUGCACAACUGAAUCCAAAAAAUGACUGAGGCCAUGCUGCUAAGUUGACUUUCUAGAUGCCAAACUGGUCAGCCGGGGACUUCAGUGACUCCGACGUUUAUUGUGCCACAUGCCUGAAUGCACAGACGAGCACCGCGUUUCACACUGGCUGCCUAUCCAAAAAGUUUUUCUAUGAAAACCAAGAUGAAUGAAACCCAAAGAUAUAAAGAUUUCAUGGUUUUCUUUAUGUUCAUUUCAAACAUACUAUAGAGAUAUAUGUUUACUUUGAGUUUUGGAUUGUGGAAGUGGGCCACCUGUGCUUUCACUGAACCCAAACGUACUUUAAACAUCGUUUCUUUUUCAUUUCUUCCACGUGCUUUUGUUCUAGUUACUCCAGGUGGACCCUUCUCACACAGAUUUCAUUGACUCUAACAUUUAAGAUAUGUUGAAUAAUUUUGUAUGUCUAUAAGGAAUACUGGUUGUUUUUUUUAGCUGAGUUUUUGCCAAAAAUGUUGAAGAAAUAUGUGACCAAAUAACACGAAUAUGUAAAAGCCAGCAGUGGUUGAACCUCGAGGGCAGACGUGGUACGAAGGAAUCCCAAAUGUAGAGACAACGUUUUGGUUUCAGCUCAUAAGUCUUCUUCUUUCGCGGAUCAGAAGAAUAUCAGCAGCCACAGAAGAAAACUGUGUUUUUCUUACUUACAGUUUGGCUCUUUGCAUGAAAUUAUUUCAUUUUAGGCUGUAUCAUGAAACCCACAUGGGCUUCUUCAUAUGUCAAAACUACCACACAUAUCGUCGGACGAUCAAUGUCCUGUAAGCAAACAUUAUUUAUCACUUUUUUCCUUUUGCUAUGAAGUUGAUAGCAAUCCCAGUGAUUUGAGAACGACUGGGAGAAUCCAGCUUUGACUCUAAUAUGUUAAUGAUAAUGGUUUCCUCAAGUUCACACGGCCCUCGAGGUUCACCAGAGUCGACCUGAUGAGUGUUACACCACGAGCAGAAAUAAGCCCUUUUCUCUUCAUUUCCAUUGUUGCAGAUGAACGCUGUGAAACAAAUGUGAUACCAAAAAAGUGUUUUUGUAGUAUGAAGUGUGUAGAGCCAUUUGAAAGGAACACGUUAGUUUCUUAUGUUCUUCCUGCUGUGACAGGAAACGGUGCCAAAACGAAUGUUUGAUUAUUAUUAAUAUUAUUGUUAUUAGAGUCAACGACAUUUCAGAUGUUUUCUCUCUGAUACAUGUGAGAGUGACAUGGGAAUGUUUGUUAGAGAUUACUUUGAGAUAGCCUUUGAGCAAGUGUUGUGAGCUUUCUGUUGUUUGAGGCAUUAAACUCACAAACUGCUCAAAGGCAGCAAUUAGAAGAAAAAAGGUCAAAAAUGCAGAAAAAUGUAGAAAAGUAGAGACUGCCUGCUAGAACCAAGGAGAAACAAUGCUUUAAUAAUUCUAAGUGCUUCAGUGUUCCCAAACCUUUAUAUUAAACUGUUAUAUUUUUACAAAAAGCUUUAACCUGGUGAGCCUGAGGGCCUGUCCUCUGGUCAACAUGAAAGGUGUGGAAAUACAGAGCAGACAGGCAGCAGGUGGACACGCAGACCAUGCUGUGACUUUCACAUCACAUUUGUUUUUGACCUCACGUCGCCCUCAGUGACACUGGGCUCUCACUUCAGUCCAUGUUAUUCUGAAUCAAUUAAAUACACCCUCAAUUUCACAGCUACACAGAAUAAACUGUCCUCGUGACACAAUAACAGAAGAACACAGAGACACAAUACAUUUGAUUGUAUUUAAUCCUGUAUUUAUUCUACUUCAUGUUAGUACUACCUGUGGCUCACCCAGGCCAAAGCAUACAGAGCUUUGUUACCCAGUGAUUAGUUUGAUCUGACCCUUUGAUCAAUAAUUACAUUAUUUAUUUAGCCCAGCAUGUCCGUGUGUGGUGAAGCUCCAUCACUGGCACAAUUACUGCUGUAAACUGUGCUGUUUGUGUUUUGGAGGGAAGAACGAUUUUAUUCAGGUUCUUAGUUUAAACUCAGGAGUGUUUCAGAGAAAAGCCUCCGACUGGGAAAGAAGCACCUUUGUGACCUCCAGCUGUGCUGUCUGCGUUCUGUGCUUUACACCACCUGUUCUCUUUGCUUCAUCAAAUUCAAUGCCUAAAACCAAAUAAAGA